AAAUAAUUACAUUUGUUUUCUUUUCUUAUUAUCAUUUUCUUAGCAGCCGAAUUCACGUAACCAUAAACCCUAGCAAGCAAUUACCGCGCAUUCCCUUUUCCCAAUUUCAGGUUUCAUUUUCCAUUCCUCUUUAAAUUCUUUCAUUUUUUUAUCGUUUCUAUUCAACUUUUGUUGCCAAAAUUCAAAAUUUUCAUGCAAAUUCGUUUUGUUAUUCCAUUUUGUGUACACAAAAUUGUGCUCCAAUUAGUUAAUCAUAAUUCAACUUGUUUAUGAUAUUUUUUUUAGCUUAAAUUCAUAAUCUUGAAUUACUUAUUGAUAGGGUAGGUUGCAAAACCUUUUCACCUUAAAAUUGACCUCAUUUUAUCUGCUUUAUAAAUUAUGUAAAUUGUACUCAGUUCCAUAAUUCUGACAAAGAAACAAAAACAAGUAAUUGCAGUUUUGAUUUCUACAUUAUAGAAACGUUUGUGGAUUCAACAAGUAUUAUAUUUGUAUGUAUCUUAGUAUGAAUUAAUGUCACUAAAUAUUGUUUUUACAUUACCAACAAUGAAUUGGUCCAAGUGGUAAAGGAACUGGGCCCGUUAAGCGACCAUGGAUUCCAUCCGUGGUUCUUGUGUAUAGAAAAAGUUCGGUUGAGAGAAUAGAAUAGAACCCACCUUUUGUACCCCGUAGGUUCUCAAAUGGAGAUUAGUCACCGCUAAAAAAUGGUGGAAACUUCGUACCUAUAACAUUAGUAACCUAAAAAAAUAAUAUUGUUUCUGCAUCCAAUUGUAUAUGACAUGUAUUAUGCAUGCAUGUUCAUGCGAUGCAAUUGAUUCUUUCAAAAGUUGGCUAUUGUCAAUGCCUUUGAUCAAGUAUUGUUCUUUACAAUUUCGCAUUUGAUCGUGUGCUAUUAUUAUCCUUAUUUGUAGCUGCAGCCUGCAGGUGACCGUGGAAAGUGCUGAGAGUGAAUGUUAGAAUUUACAAUCUAGUGUUUCAUUUAUGCAGAUGGUUAAUUAGAUAAAUAAUUAGCAGCCCUUGAUAGGUUUGAUAAGAUCUGAACUGAAAGUCUGAAAGGGACUUGGAUUUGGUGCUUAUUAAGACUUAAGAGACAGGAGAAAAGCGUAUUUUGAUCGGUUAUUGUUUGAUAUAAUUCUGCAAUAAGUAAACAAGACAAUUUGGGAAGUAGUGUGGCUAUCUGAUGUAAUGCCACACUCUUCUAAGGUCAGGCUGGUUGGCAUGUUUGAAGCUGUGCAGGAGAUUGCAAUCUACAUUCAUAGGUUUCACAAUCUGGACCUUUUCAGUCAGGGAUGGUAUCAGAUUAAAGUUACUAUGAGAUGGGAGGACAGUGAAAAUAUAUUUUUUGGAAUUCCAGCUAGAGUUGUUCAAUAUGAAGAUCCUGAUCUAGGUCCUGGCAGUUUACAUGGUAUUUGGAGAAUCGAUGAUACAGACAACAGUUUCUCAACACAGCCUUUUCGGAUAAAAUAUGCCAGGCAGGAUGUUCAUUUAUGUAUGAUGGUCUCGUUUAAUUUAUCUCUUAGUAGAUAUCAGGGUUUACCUACUACUGCUGUUAUUUUGAAGUUCGAGCUUAUGUAUGCUCCCCCGGUUGAAAAUGGUACUGAAUUGCAAGAUGCUCUGGAUCCUUACCCUGCUUCUGUCCAUGAAUUCCGAAUUCCUCCUAAAGCUCUUUUAGGACUGCAUUCAUAUUGUCCUGUACAUUUUGAUGCUUUACAUGCUGCUCUUGUUGAUGUCAGUGUACAUGUCAGUUUACUGAGAGCUCCCCCUUAUCCAUCUGCAUUGAAGGGCUUGGAAGAAGUUGCCUCUGUAGAUUUGGAAAAUGUAAUGCUUCUUAAGACAUUAUUAAUGGCUCGUGAUAUAUUACUUGAAGAAUUACAAAAACUUAGCAAAGCAGUUAAUCAGACUAUUGAGAUUUCAGAGUUUCAGUCAAAGUUGAACAAUGAUAAAAUAUUAAAAUUUGUUGUGCAAGCAAAUCGGUUUGCAACAGAUGUUGAAAUUUUAGCACAAGGAAAUCCACAAAAUGGUCUAAAGAGAGGAAAUGAUGCUCUGGAUCUUCUGAUUGCUGAAAAGCUUCGAUCCUUGUCAAAGAGUGAGCUGUUGGACUGUUGCCAUUCAGUGGGAGACCAAUUGUUGUAUUUGUGGAACACAUUUCUAAAAUUCCACAGAGAUAACAAAACAAAGAUUCUAGAAUUUUUGCGUGAUGCUUGGGCUAUGGAUAGGAAAACAGAAUGGUCAAUAUGGAUGGUAUAUUCUAAGGUAGAGAUGCCUCAUCAUUAUAUAAACAGUUGGAAUGAUGAGUUUUCCUAUCGUGGGGUGCACAGAAGAGUUUCCAGUUUGUUGAAGUCAUCUGAUGAGCCUCUUCAGACUGCAGCUACGCGUGCUGAAGUUCAUCGAAAGAGCAUUGCACAAAUGAGGAUUAACAACCAAUCAAUUCAAGACAUGCAAAUGUUUGGAGAUCCUUUGCGUAUACCAAUUGUGAUUGUUGAACGUGUGAUGAAUGCACCACGGCGCACGAUCAGUGAAAAUUCAUACCUGAGAAAUGUCAUACUUCCAAAUUCACAUAAUUUUCAAGAUGGGCUCAACUCAGUCUCAGACACUGCAAACAAAGAAUCUAACCCACAAAGCAAUGCUCGUGUGUUGAAGAUUGUUGUCUUUGUACAUGGGUUUCAGGGGCAUCAUCUGGAUCUACGACUUAUUCGAAAUCAAUGGCUUUUGAUAGAUCCGAAGGUAGAAGUUCUGAUGUCACAGGCUAAUGAAGAUAAAACAUCAGGCGACUUCAGAGAAAUGGGACAAAGGCUAUCGCAGGAAGUGAUUUCCUUUGUUAAAAAGAAAAUGGAUAAAGCAUCAAAAUAUGGAAAUUUGGGAGAUAUUAGACUCAGUUUCGUUGGACAUUCUAUUGGGAACCUCAUUAUAAGAACAGCAAUAGCUGAGAGCACGAUGGAGCCAUUUCUAAGAUACUUACAUACAUAUGUCUCGUUGUCUGGUCCGCACUUGGGGUAUCUUUAUAGUUCAAACUCACUCUUUAAUUCUGGGCUAUGGCUUUUCAAGAAACUAAAAGGCACACAAUGCAUUCAUCAACUCACCUUCACAGAUGAUCCAGAUAUUCAAAAUACAUUUCUCUAUAAACUUUGUAAGCAGAAGACCUUGGAUAAUUUUAGGCAUAUAAUUUUGCUAUCUUCCCCUCAGGAUGGUUAUGUGCCAUACCAUUCUGCUAGAAUAGAAUCAUGCCAGGCUGCUUCACGUGACAAUUCAAAGAAGAGUAGAGUGUUCCUAGAGAUGUUGAAUGAUUGUUUGGACCAAAUUCGUGCCAAUCCCUCUGAACGUAGAGUAUUUAUGCGUUGUGAUGUCAAUUUUGAUGCCACUGCCUAUGGCAAGAAUUUAGACUCUCUAAUUGGCCGGGCUGCUCAUAUCGAGUUUCUGGAGUCUGACAUUUUCGCAAGGUUCAUAAUGUGGUCAUUUCCAGAACUAUUUCGAUAGAAUUUCAUGUCUUCUUUGCACUCAGAUUCACCAAGGCAUUCAGAUAUAACUCAGAUUUUAGUCAAAUGUUGACAUUUUCCUAGGUAUGUGUAAGAUGGUAGGUUCAUUUAGACAUCUUAGCUGCAUAUUAAAUUGGCUUCAAGAUGUUUAUUUGGAACACAUUUUUACAUAGCUUUAGGAAUGGUUGAAAGAAAUAUUUGUCAUGAUGUAAUUAUUUUAGGUUAGGUAGAUUAAUGUUAAUGUGAGUCACCAAAAGUUUUAUACAAAGGUUGAAGAAAUGGUUAUUUAUACU